UAAGAUCCAAGGAUAACAAAGUAAGAGACCAAAGAGGGACUGAACUGCGAAUUUCCUGCCAUUGUUAGAGCCAAAAGGUUCCUGCUUUUUGAACAACCCCCCCCAUACCCCCUCUCUCUCGCGCGCGCGGUCUCAAUGAGGUAAGUUGCUACAGAUGGUUCAACAAAAGGCAGACUCUAAAUUCAGUGAAUAUGGGCUGGGUAGCACUGAAACUAACUUGCCCACUCAUGAUAAGCAGUUUCCUGUUGCUGUGAAGAAGACACCAUUGAAAGAUUUGCAGAACGAUAAUAGAAUUACGGUUGCCGGUCUUGUAGGAAAUCCUGCAUUACUGAAAGAUAGAGGGCCCAUUGUUGAUAAUGUUAAGGUAUCUAGUUCUAAGAGAUCCUCAUACAAAUGUCCUGUGAGCCCCCCUUUCCCCCAACCUGCAGCCAGUAAUGUUGCAAGUGGGCAACUUGUCUAUGCCCGUAGAAAACCUGAGGCAGAAUUAGGCAAGAGCAAUGCUUGCGACGCUUUGAGCAAUGAUGCAUAUUGCCCACAUGCAAAGCUAUUUGGUAACCAAGAAGUGACUAUCCUACCAAGAAUCCAUGUUAAGGAGCCAAACUUUGCUUGCUUUCCAGCAGUUGCGCCUUCACCGGUGGCUACCUUGAUGAGCUCAUCUGGAAAGCUGUCAGUUUCUGUUCCUCUUGGAAAUUCUAAUAUGAUAUCAGCAAUAGCAGAGUCCAAUUACAAAUCUGUUGCUUCCGCUAUAGUAUCACUGGGUAAUCCAAAGAGCACCAAAAAUCUGCACUGGGAAGAGCGAUAUCAACAAAUGCAGUUAUACUUGAAGAAAUUAGACCAAUCAGAUCAAGAGGACUAUGUCCAAACACUUAGGUCGAUUUCGUCAGUCGAACUAAGUAGACUUGCCUUGGAGUUGGAAAAGAGAUCAAUCCAGCUUUCUUUGGAGGAAGGGGUAACUAGUAACUGCUGUUUCACUUGCCAGUAGGAGUAGUUGUCUCUCCAGUUGGUGCAGCAGCCUAUGUGUAAAGUCUUCUGAUCAAUCCAUUGUAGCUCACCUAAUUAAUAUUGGUCUCUCCUCUUCACAGGCUUAGAUUGAUGAAGAUGCCAUUGAAUAUAUAUAUAUAUAAAUACAUAUCAGUUGUAGUUUCAGUCUUAUUUUUCCUGUUUAAUUCAGUAUUAUAUUUAUAUAUUCGUCAUCUCCUCCUUUGAUUCAAAAGUCAAUGAAUCUUCAUAUGAAUAUAAAAUUCAUCAGAUUAUGUGUUAUUCAACAAUAUUAUGCA